AUGGAUCGAAUUCGAUUGGAAAAAUUACAAAAUUUAAAGGAAACAACAUACAGUGAUAGUAAUAUCAUUCAUAAAAAUGCAACAAAAGAACCCAAUGAUGAAAAUUUUGUCAAAAAUGGAUUUGCUAAAACAAAACAUGACAAUUUGGAUGGAAACUCCUUGGCAAAUAAUAUUUCACAAAAUGGAAAAUCUGAAAAUCCAGAUGAUUUACCCAUUAAAUCAUCAGAAUCCGGAGAUUAUGAUCACAGUUAUGCACCAUCUGAACCAUCAGCACCAACGCGUUCCAUUUUAUCGUUGGUUCGAAAAAGUUUCAGUCAUCAAAAUUUAGCUUUUACAUCAAAAACUACCGGUAUCCCACAGCAUGUCCAAGCAUCAUCUAAAUCGAACCGAAAGGAUAACAAUAUACCUGUGAAACUGAAGUCUGCUUCAUCGAUGAGAAGUAUUGCGUCAAAUUCAUCAUCAAUAGCAAGCAUAUCAAGAUGUGGAAAAUGUAUUCAAAAUGUAGAAGUGCUAUUAAAAAAUCCCGAAUCCUCACUUAAUGAAGCACUGCAAAAACUUAACGCCGAUGAUUGGAAUGGAAAACUUUGUGGCAUCGAAGUGAUUGUUAUCUUAGCUGAAAUGUCAUCAGCUGUGGUUGCCGGAAAUAUUCAUCCGGUUGUUAUGAAAUUAUUAAGUGAAUGUAAAAAUUUACGUUCAACAGUUUCUCGAGCAGCAAUUUCCUCUUUUGGAGUUUUAUUCGAAAAUCUCAAAGCAGUUAUGGAUUCUGAAAUCAAAAAGGUAUGUUCCGUAUUGAUGCAAAAAGCCGGUGAUGUAAGUAAUGCAUUUAUUCGUGAUGAUGCGACAGCUGCGCUUGAAAAAAUGAUCAAAUAUGUUUCACCUGGACGAUGUUUGAAUGCACUGGUUGCUGCUGGAGCUAAAAGCAAAAGCAAUACAAUUCGAGCAUGUUGUGCGAAUUUAUUAGUGAAAUUGAUGGAACGUGUAGGACCCAUAAAUACUAUUAAUAGCACUGAAUUUUCAUGCUUUAUCACAUCUUUGUUACUAUUUGCUAAAGAUGCAAAUGCAACAGUACGACGGACUGGAAAAUAUGGAAUAAGGUUGCUUAGCCAGGUAUAA